AGUGAGCUCUGAACAGCUGGUGUCUCUCCUAUAGCAGGCUCAGUAAAUAAAAUAAAACGCUGGCCUGAAGGAACGUUCUAUUCCUGCGCGAUUUGUUGCAUUUAAGUAUAUGAUAAACACAAAGCUGUGUGAUUGGUUCACUUUCUUCGAGUUGAACAAGCCAUCAUGGAUAGGCCAAUUGCUGUUGAUAUUGUCAUCAUCGCAGGAAAUUCACAUCCUGAAUUAGCCAGUUUGAUUGCAGACCGAUUGGGUGUCAAAAAUGGUGGAUGUGCUGUAUAUUACAAAACAAACCGAGAGACUAUGGUUGAAAUUGGAGACUCUGUAAGAGGAAAAGAUAUAUACAUCAUACAAACAGGAACAAAAGAUGUGAACAAUAACAUAAUGGAACUGCUAAUCAUGGCCUAUGCAUGUAAAACAUCAUCAGCAAAAAGUAUUGUUGGUGUUGUUCCUUAUUUGCCAUACUCAAAGCAGUGCAAGAUGCGCAAAAGAGGCUGCAUAGUCUCCAAAUUAUUAGCUAAAAUGAUGUGCAAAAGUGGUUUGACUCACCUUAUUACAAUGGAUCUUCAUCAGAAAGAAAUUCAAGGUUUCUUUGAUUGUCCAGUUGACAAUUUAAGAGCUAGUCCUUUUCUACUUCAGUACAUUCAAGAAUCGAUCCCAGACUUUCGAAAUUCAGUAAUAGUAGCGCGAAAUCCGGGCAGUGCCAAGAAAGCAACGAGCUACGCAGAACGUUUACGUCUCGGAAUUGCUGUAAUCCAUGGUGAACAGCGUGAGUCCGAAUCCGACAUGAACGACGGGCGCUAUUCGCCGCCCACUCUCUCCUCUCUGAGGACGAUGCAGGUAGGCGUUGGCGUGCCGGUACACCCAGCCAAGGAGAAGCCGCCAAUCAACGUCGUGGGUGAUGUUGGCGGACGUAUUGCCAUCAUGGUGGACGACAUGGUUGAUGACGUACAGUCCUUUGUAGCUGCUGCCGAGGUGCUUAAGGAAAGAGGAGCUUACAAAAUUUACGUUCUUGCUACGCAUGGGCUGCUCAGCUCUGAUGCCCCGCGACUCAUCGAAGAGUCGCCCAUAGACGAGGUCGUCGUCACCAAUACAAUCCCACAUGAAUUGCAAAAAAUGCAAUGCCACAAAAUAAAAACAGUAGACAUCAGCAUUCUGCUGGCAGAAGCUAUUCGACGCAUACAUAAUAAGGAGUCAAUGUCUUACUUAUUCAAAAAUGUAACUUUGGAGGACUGAGUAUUGUCGGUAUUAUUACACAAGUUGAAAGUUAAUACCUGUACACAUAUGUAUAUCACGCGGCUCAUCAUUGCAACCGCCGUUUGAAGAUGAAAAGAGAGAAUUCUAUUUACAUACAUCCACGUAACAUAAAUUUAUUAUAGAGUAUAAUUCUAUUCUCUAAUUUUCUAUAAUAUUUUUAUAUAAUCAAGAUGAUAUAUACAACCGCGAUUAUUGAAGAAAGGUCAUUUAAGAACGACUUCCAUUCCAUAAGGAAGCGGUUUUACAAUCAUUGAUGUAUUAAAAUACUACAGCAUUUUUACUCUGAAUUGAUGUAUUAUUAGUUUUUUUUUCACGUGUUAUCUUUAAUCAUCAAGAUAAUAAUUUUGUUAUAAGUCCUAUUGUUUUGAACGAAGUUUUAAAGCCAUUUUGCUAACAAACUUAAAUCGAUUUUGUUUUUAUUAUUUUCUAUUAUUAUGAUUAUUAUUAUAUAAUAUUAUUAUUUGCUAUUAUAAUUAUUUUUAUUAAUAUACCAAUCACUAGUUUCGUAAAUUGUAAUGUUAUAUAAAUAUGUAGAUCGCACAUGACGAUUAAAUGUAAUCAAAUAGUGAUGAUCACAUUAAAAAGAAACCUUAAAUCAAAUUCUUAUAAUUUAUUUACUCAGACUUUUAAAAUUAUAAUAAUAAAAUGACAUUAAACUUAUGUAGUCGACUUAUGGACAUGUAUUCUGUAAUAUUUUCAAGUAUAGAAUUCUUGUCAAUUUGCAAAAGUUAUCAAGCAUGUAUUUAAUAUUUGCAUAAUUUUAUUAAUUUUUCAUUUUCAAAAUCUUGUUACAUUUAUUAUCGAUUUUUAAUCAAUGCAUUCAGGCUAAAUAUAGAUUCUAAAGCUGCAUAAUGUUGUCAUAGCAACGUUCAGCUUGUUUACUGACUAGAUGCAGUGGCGUUAAAUUAGUAGCUAUACAGUGCAUUAAUCAUUGUCGUGAUUAAAUAUCAUAAUGCCUCAAAUAAUCGAUUUGCAAUACGACAAAAUCUGCACAUCUUUGCAAGCAGAGGACAAAUUCAAAAGGAAGAAAGGUCUGCAAGAGAUUCUAAAAAAUGUUCUGAAUUCAUUGGAAACUAAGGAUGAGGAAAGUUCCUUGGUUUUGUGGGAAAUUUUUCAUCGCCCCGUCAUACGAAUACUUCAUGAUCCAGUAGAAGCAUGUAGAGAUUUAGCGCUAGAGAUUUUAAAAAAAUUUUUGCUCCACUUGCCUUGUUCUGAUAAAAAUAUAGUUUACAUAAUUCCAAUCAUGGCUAAACGUUUGGGAUGUCAAGAAUUAGUUGAACAAUCAGAAGAAGUCAGAUUAAAGUGUAUUAUAUUACUCAGAGCUAUUGUACAGAAAUAUCAAGAAAACUUAAUUUCAUAUUUUGAAGAUUUAAUAACAAUCUUGACAAGAACCGUCACUGACAAGUAUCCCAAAGUGAAGAAAGAAAGUUGUGAUUGUAUUUGUGAAAUUGCCAGAGCAAUGCCUAGUAACUUUUAUACAAAGUCAGAGGUUUUCGUAAAGCCAAUAUUAACAAAUAUAUCUCAUCAACAUUAUAAAAUACGAAUGGCAACAGUUAAAUCUAUAGGUGAAGUUCUGCUUUUUGGAGAUAGUAAGCUAAUGGAAACAGUGGCAGGUCCCUUGGCUGAAAGACUUUUCGAUCAAUCAGGUGCAGUAAGAACAGCUGUUGUUGAAGUGGCUGGAUUAUGGAUGAUCGAUUUGAGAGACCGAUAUAGUUGGUGGUACAAACUGUUGCCUUUACUGCUUACUGGAGCCAAUGACAUUGUCCCAGAAAUAAGAGCAAAGGCACUAUCAUUGUGGAUGAAAGCAGGAGAGCAGUUCAUAAAAGAAAACGAGACUGAUCAGAAAUUCAAGCAUAAGCUUGAUUUUCUUCUUGAGGAUUUGCCACAUUAUCCUGCUAAAAUUAUUAGACCAAACUUAGGAUGUCGAACGAUUGCUCAACAAAAUUUGCACAAAUUAGUACCUGCGAUUUCACGAGAGUUAAACGAUUGGAUGGCAGAUAUAAAAGUUCGCGCUGCGCAGUUACUGUGUAUUUUAGUAUUAAACGUUGAAGAGGAAGUGACUGAAUAUCUUCCAAAAUUACUGUCGCCUAUGUACCGCGCCUGUAAUGACGAGGAUAAAAGAGUCGUCGAAAACAUCGAACUCGCAGCCGAAUACAUGGGCUUCUUCGUCCUUCCAAAGGUUUAUUGUGAUCUCAUCUUACCAACUCUCGAAGAGAAUCCAACAUCUGGACACCUUAAGAUUUUCGCGUCUAUAUUGAGAGGUAGCGAACGUGAGAAUCUCACUAAAGAACUAUCUAGAAUCGGGCAUCUUUUGCAAGAGAACCACAUUUGUCAAAGUCGCAAGAUUCGCUAUCAAAUGGAGAUACUGUCUUGCUGUCGAUCAACUCUCGACGUCUGCAAAGAGGACUGCUCCAUUAUUUUUCAUGAUCUAUUCAUCGCAAUUUUUACGACUCUGGCGAUGUCAUCCGAUUCUUUAGUGGAGAAAAGUGCAAUAUCGCUUUUAGAACUCCUUAAAAAAACUGAAAAUUUCGAAAAUCUUAACGAACUUUUCGACAAACACGUCCCACUCAUUUUGACCACUAUGCAAGAAAGCCCUGAAUCGUGGGAAAUUAACUCAUCUGAAUUUCAUAUUUUUUACGCUUGUAUUGUUUACGCAAAAUCAACGACUUACAAGCAUCUGCAUUUGAUUCACCCAGUUUUCGAAAAAACGACCAACGCCGAAGACGACAAAAAAUUAAGACUGAAACAAUACAUUCUACUUUCCGAUUAUUUACAGAAUUGGGAUAAGUUGCUCGAGGAAAAUAGCGCGAAUGCUUUUAUCGAAUUUGCGAACAUUGUUCUUGAAAAAAUGAUUAUUCCAGGAUUAAAAUGGGCUGCUGGUAGAACAGCAGAAGCAAUCAGAACAGCUUCUGUUUGCUGUCUAUGCGCACUGUUGAGCAAAAUUGUAGAUAACUGCGAAGAAAGCGACAAAGAGAAAGAAGUUAAGACAUUUUCUAUAUCCGUGGAACAUUUUGGAUGGUUAUUUGAAACCGUCAGACCCAUUCUUGUGACUUUGUUAGAAGACGACGCUAACAAGACAAGAUUGUAUUCUUUACAAGCCAUUUGCCUUGUCAUAAAUAUUGGACAGGAAUUGUCUUACAUCACCGAGGAGCACAUACAUAAAAUAAGUCCCGAGAUAGUUUCGCGUUUAGAGGAUCAGCAUGAUGAAGUUCGCCUUGCAGCUGUAGAAGCUUUGAAAGAAAUAUGGAAAGUUUUGCCAAAAGAUUAUGAUCUUGCUUUUUAUUAUGUUCAUAUUGAAUAUGUUUAUUCAAAAACUUUGAUUCAUCUGGAUGACCCGGGAGAACAAUUUCAAAAAUUAACACUUGAUUGCUUGAUGGCACUUGUCAAAGUUCACCCUGAACUACUAAUAGAGAAAGUUGAAAACUCCAGAGCAAAUUUCAUUAACCAAAGGGCCUUGGACCAAUUGGUGGAAGGCGCUCGAGAACAUUUAAAAAAGAAAAACUCUAAAACAAACUAAAUUCUUAAAUUUAACUUUUGUUUCAGAUUAAGUAUUUGACUUUAAAUAAAAAAAAAUAAAAAAUCAUACAUUAAUAGGUACAUAGUAA